GUGCCGUUGACCCGCCUUCCCGCGGCUCGCGCCGGCGUCGGCUGCGUCUCCGGGCAUUUGAAUUGCGCUUCCGCCAUCUUUCCAGCCCUCAGACGGGCCUGGAGACGCUUCUGGAAGGAACAUCGCGAUGGCUGCCCAAGGAGAACCCCAGGUCCAGUUCAAACUUGUAUUGGUUGGUGAUGGUGGUACUGGAAAGACUACGUUCGUGAAACGUCAUCUGACUGGUGAAUUUGAGAAGAAGUAUGUAGCUACCUUGGGUGUUGAGGUCCAUCCCCUUGUGUUCCAUACCAACAGAGGACCAAUUAAGUUCAAUGUGUGGGAUACAGCUGGUCAGGAAAAAUUUGGAGGACUGAGAGACGGCUAUUACAUCCAAGCCCAGUGUGCCAUUAUAAUGUUUGAUGUAACAUCAAGGGUUACUUACAAGAAUGUACCUAACUGGCAUAGAGAUCUGGUACGAGUAUGUGAAAACAUCCCCAUUGUGUUGUGUGGCAACAAAGUGGAUAUAAAGGACAGGAAAGUUAAGGCAAAAUCUAUUGUCUUCCACCGAAAGAAGAAUCUUCAGUACUACGACAUUUCUGCUAAAAGUAACUACAACUUUGAAAAGCCCUUCCUCUGGCUUGCUAGAAAACUAAUUGGAGACCCUAACUUGGAGUUUGUUGCAAUGCCUGCUCUUGCUCCCCCAGAGGUUGUCAUGGACCCAGCUUUGGCAGCACAGUAUGAGCAUGAUCUAGAGGUCGCUCAGACAACUGCUCUCCCUGAUGAGGAUGAUGAUCUGUGAGAAGAAAAUGAAGCUGGAGCCAGCGUCAGAAGUCUAGUUUUAUAGGCAACUGUCCUGUGAUGUCAGUGGUGCAGCGUGUUUGCCACUUUAUUAUAUAGCUAAGCAGAACAUGUGCUUAAUCUUGGGGAUGCUGAAGGAGAUGGAUGGGCUUCGGAGUGAAUGUGGCAGUUUAAAAAAAUCAUUUCUUUGGACCUGCAUAUUUAGCUGUUUUGGAACGCAGUUGUUUCCUUCCUGAGUUUCAAAUAUAAGACUGCUACAGUCACAUCACAAUAUUCAGUGGUGAAGUCUUGUUUGUUGCUGUCAUUCCCAUUCCUUUUCGUUUAGAAUGAGAAUAAAGUUGUAUUUCAAAUAUCUAAGCCAGCGAACUCAUCCCUUGUUUAAAAAGUAUUUUCAGACCACUAACGGAGAAUUGUGCCAUGUUAGUAUUUAAAUUGCUUUUACUAUUACUUAGAAGUCUUAUUAGGAUAAAUAAUUCAGUGUUUCUAUAUUUUAUAUGUUUGACUCUAGCAAAUGGUAAGGCAGGGUCAACAGUAUUCUAUUUGGUAAGUUGUUAAGAGGUGUGAAUGUUGUCGGUACCCCUAAGCUGUAUCUAUCUACCCUGCCUGCAUUUUGACUGCGUAGUGAGACCUAGGGAAGAACUUUAUGUGAUCUGUCAAAAUAAAAGUGGAAUGUGUUUUAGGCAUCUCAGAUA